AGCGGCAGCAACAGCAGUAGCAACAUUAGCAACUCUGGCAACAGCGACAACAUCAACACCAACAAAAGCAACCACAACAACAACUGGAACGAUGGCAACAACACAUUGCCGUCGUCAACAUAGUGAACGGCAAAACGAUGGCAGAGGCAUCGGUCUCUACCUAUUAAUCCUACUUUUAUGCUGCUGCUGCUGUUCCACCUCUCUGCUAAUCCAAGCCGUCACAGCAACGACAUCGGCUACCCUUAGGGUAAAUGAUGUUUCAACUGAUGAAACCAAAGACAAACCGAAUCGUACUUUCUUAGACCAGCAACAACAAAAGCAGCAGCAGCAACACCAACAUAAGCAACAUCAACUUGGUGAGCAAUUUAGUCAAAUUACUGUAAGUAGAAUUCUAACGACGACAACUACUACUGCCACGCCCACACGCACAACACCCCUUGGCAUAAGAGAGAAUGUCAUGUUACCUUCAGCCGAUCCAGAACGUGAGGCCCAAAUUCUCUAUGAGAAAAGUUUGAUGGAAUAUCAUGGGGCAGUGGCAGCAUCUACCGCAACUGCCACAGAUUCUGACAGUGACAAGGAUGACAAGGAUAACAGCAACAACCAGCACCAUCAGCAACAUCAACGCACGUUGCACUCGGUGUGCGAGAGAUGGCAGCAAAAGCAUUGCCAUUGCACUGGCAGUUUGCAGAACUUAAAGUUGAGUUGUCGCAGCAUUGGCAUCCUGGCGGUCCCAGUAAAUUUGCCCGGCGAAGUGAUUGCCUUAGAUUUGGGCAACAAUAAUUUAACCAAAUUGGAGGCCAACUCAUUUUUCAUGGCACCUAAUCUAGAGGAAUUAACUUUGUCGGACAAUAGCAUCAUUAAUAUGGAUCCCUAUGCAUUUUAUGGUUUGAGUAAAUUGAAACGUUUAAGUUUGCAAAAUUGCGGCCUCAAGACGUUGGCCCCACAAUCGUUUCAAGGACUCGGCCAGUUGACCAGCCUUCAAUUGAAUGGCAACGCCUUGGUCAGCCUGGACGGUGACUGUUUGGCCCAUUUGCAGAAACUUCGCACUUUACGUCUUGAGGGCAAUCUCUUCUAUCGCAUACCCACCAACGCUUUGGCCGGACUCAAAACCCUUGAAGCACUCAAUUUGGGCAGCAAUUUGUUGACAAUAAUAAAUGACGAGGAUUUUCCACGAAUGCCAAACUUGAUCGUGCUUUUACUCAAGCGAAACCAAAUUAUGAAAAUCUCUGCAGGAGCUCUGAGAAAUUUAACGGCUUUAAAAGUUUUAGAGCUGGAUGAUAAUUUAAUAAGCAGCUUACCCGAGGGUCUGAACAAAUUGUCACAGCUGCAGGAGCUCUCUAUGACAAGCAAUCGUUUACGCUGGAUAAAUGAUACGGAGUUACCAAGAAGUCUGCACAUGUUGGAUAUGAGAGCUAACCCCUUAUCGACCAUAACAUUGGGGGCCUUCCGGGGCAUGACAAAACUAAGAAAGCUUACUUUAUCGGAUGUUCGAUCUUUGCGAUCUUUUCCGGAAUUGGAGGCAUGUCAUGCUUUGGAAAUACUCAAACUAGAUCGUGCUGGCAUACAGGAAGUGCCCUCAAAUUUGUGUCGUCAAACGCCAAGACUGAAGAGUUUAGAACUUAAAACCAAUUCCCUAAAACGCAUCCCAAAUUUAAGUAGUUGCAGAGACUUAAGGCUGUUAGAUCUAUCGAGCAAUCAAAUUGAUGCCCUGCAAGGCAAACCCUUUCAUGGGCUAAAGCAACUGCACGAUCUGUUGCUCUCCUAUAAUCGCAUCAAGGCUAUUCCUCAAGAUGCCUUUCAGGGCAUACCCAAAUUGCAGUUGCUGGAUCUGGAGGGCAAUGAAAUCGCUUUCAUUCACAAAGAAGCCUUUGCCAGUUUUACGGCUUUGGAGGAUCUUAAUUUGGGUAAUAAUAUCUUUCCGGAAUUGCCAGAGGCCGGACUUAGGGCAUUGCUGCAUUUGAAGACAUUUAAUAAUCCCAAGCUGAGAGAGUUUCCACCACCAGACACAUUUCCACGCAUACAAACAUUGAUUCUAUCCUAUGCCUAUCAUUGUUGUGCAUUUCUGCCCCUGGUGGCCAUGUCCUCGCAGAGAAAAACCUCUCAGGUGCAAGAGGCGGUUCUUUUUCCCUCAGAUGCGGAGUUCGAUAUGACCUUGUGGAACAACAGCAUGAUGAACAUUUGGCCACAAAUGCAUAAUCUCAGCAAGCAGCUUGGUGCUGCCAUGAAUGAUCUAUGGGAGAGUGGCAACAAUUUCAAUGAGGAUCAGCAGCUAUCUUCAACGAAUGGUCAAUUGCCUAGCAGCUUUAUGGAGGAAUAUUUCGAUGAGCAUGAUGUCAGUGGACCCGCAAAUGGUUAUGGGUUCGGUACUGGGCUAUUUAGUGGCAUCUCAGCUGAUGAUUUGCAGCCGGGUUCGGUUCAGUGCCUGCCAAUGCCAGGACCUUUUCUGCCCUGUGCCGAUCUUUUCGAUUGGUGGACCUUGCGCUGUGGCGUCUGGGUCGUUUUUCUACUUGCUCUACUUGGCAAUGGCACGGUGGUUUUUGUGCUUAUAUGUUCGCGUUCCAAAAUGGAUGUGCCACGUUUUUUGGUCUGCAAUCUGGCCGCUGCUGAUUUCUUUAUGGGCAUCUAUCUGGGAAUUUUGGCAAUUGUGGAUGCAGCUACUUUGGGAGAGUUUCGCAUGUUUGCCAUACCCUGGCAGAUGUCGCUCUUAUGUCAAUUUGCUGGAUUCUUAGCAGUACUCAGUUCGGAACUGUCUGUCUAUACAUUGGCUGUGAUCACUUUGGAGCGCAAUUAUGCCAUCACUCAUGCCAUACAUCUCAAUAAGCGUUUGUCGCUGCGUCAGGCGGGUUAUAUAAUGAGCGUGGGUUGGAUAUUCGCCCUGAUAAUGGCCCUGUUACCUCUGUUGGGUGUAUCGGACUAUCGCAAAUUUGCCGUAUGCCUACCCUUCGAGACCACGACGGGAGUGGCUAGUCUAACCUAUGUCAUAUCUCUAAUGAUCAUCAAUGGCUGCGCCUUUCUCACUCUUAUGGGCUGUUAUCUGAAAAUGUAUUGGGCCAUUAGGGGAAGUCAGGCAUGGAAUACGAAUGAUUCACGUAUAGCCAAACGAAUGGCCCUUUUGGUUUUUACAGACUUUCUUUGCUGGUCGCCCAUAGCUUUCUUUUCCAUAACCGCCAUCUUUGGCCUGCAAUUGAUAUCACUGGAGCAGGCCAAGAUUUUCACGGUGUUUGUUUUACCCUUGAACAGUUGUUGCAAUCCGUUUCUCUAUGCCAUCAUGACGAAACAGUUCAAGAAAGACUGUGUCACACUGUGUAAACAUUUCGAAGAAUCGCGUGUUGUUGGUGGCAACACGGCGGCGGGUAGAGCUGGCGGCGGACGCACCAAGAGGGGAGAAUUACCACCACCUUUGCUGCCAGCUGCAGUGACCCAUCCGCCUGGAUGUCGUUGCCUGCGCAUGUUGCCCAGCGAAAUGCCCAAUUGGCAUAAGAUGGAACAAACGCCAAGUAUCUGGCAACGAUUGCGCACCUUCUGCUGUGGCGAUGCGCGACGUAAACGUAAGCCCCGGCGACAGGCCCAACAAAGACGACCCCGAGCCUAUACGGCUGCUGCGGCCAAUCCGUAUCAGUAUCAGUUCGCUGAACUGCGACAACAGCGUCAGAAUCGUGCCAGUUCAAUUUCCAGUGAGAAUUUCUGUAGCUCUCGUUCCUCGAGUUGGCGUCAUGCGCCCAACUCCUCGACCCCCGCCCAGCAGGGUAAUUGCAGCAUGCCUCUGAAGCUAAUGGAACCCCAUGGUCAUUUGCAUACUCAUGGCCGGCGGCGGCACUCGGCUUGGCUGAUUACACGCAAAACCUCACAGGAUUCCAAUUUGUCCAGUUCGAGAAAUGAUUCAUCGGCAUCGGCAACCACGGCCAGUACUUCCACAUUUCGUCUAUCAAGAUCAAGUGCUGGAAGUAGUACACCUUUACCCCCGAUUAUAGCACAUAAUGGCAAGACACAAUUGGAUGCUAGCAAGCCACGUCUGGUCCGUCAAGAGGCCGUCCAAGAGGAAGAGGACUCCUCACCGCCUCGAUUAGGUGUACGUUUUCUGCCCACCAUUCCAUCGGCAGCUGAUAGCUCUGUCAUAAUGGAAGAUGGCGAUUCAAGCAAUGCAAAUGCUGGUGGCGCAUUUCUUGGCAUGCCCCAGCCGGGAGCUUCCAGUGGUUUUCUGGCAACGACCACACAGCAGCAGCCAGCCAAAUCUCCACCUGAUCCCAGUGAUGCUCCACCAUGAUGAUGUUGGUGGUCAUUAACGUGGCGUAAUAGAUUUCAACAAGAAACCUUCUUGUAGGCAGCCAAAAAGAUGGAAAAGGGAUCAGAAAGCUCACUGUGUUCAUAGAUUGUAUG